AUGGCCGACGACCCAGAGAGCUCAAUGGACCGACCCACGGAUGACAGCGACACCAACAAACCGGAGAAUAUGUUCACCCUGAAAAAAUGGAACGCGGUGGCUAUGUGGAGCUGGGAUGUGGAGUGCGACAUUUGCGCGAUUUGUCGUGUGCAAGUAAUGGACUCGUGCCUGCGCUGCCAGGCGGACAAUAAGCGAGAUGUGAUGGGACGCCAAGACUGUGUGGUGGUGUGGGGCGAAUGCAACCACUCCUUCCACCACUGCUGCAUGUCGCUGUGGGUCAAGCAGAACAACCGGUGUCCGCUCUGCCAGCAGGAGUGGUCCAUUCAGCGCAUGGGAAAGUAAACCACAUUGAUAUUCCCCUCGAUCCAUUAGCUCUUAAUUAAGUUAACCUAAAAGUCGGCUACUGUCUACUAAAUAUUCUAAAAAUAAAAUGAAAAUGUAAAAGAAGAAA